CUGGAAUUUUCAUUUUAUGGAAUCUUGACCAAAUUGAUGCUGGUUUGGCUGGUUUGUCUUUGUCAUUUGCAAUGAAUUUCACACAGCAAAUAACGUGGACUGUUAGAAGAUAUACUUCACUUGAAAUGAGUUUAAAUGCUGUUGAAAGAGUAAGCGAGCUUUCGGAAAUUCCUCAAGAAGCUCUAGCUAUAAUUGAACCAAGACCACCUGCUUGUUGGCCACAUAGUGGCGCAAUCACGGUACAAAACCUGGAAGUUAAAUAUGCUCCUGAUUUAGAGCCGGUAUUACAUCACAUUUCAUUCAAUGUAGAAGGUCAAGAAAAAAUAGGAAUUGUUGGACGCACUGGGUCUGGAAAGUCAACAAUGGCAUUGACUUUGUUUCGGUUCGUGGAACCAUCAGAUGGAAGAAUUUUAGUUGAUGAAAUUGAUAUUUCAUCGAUCGGUGUCGAAGAUCUUCGGUCAAGAAUAACUAUAAUUCCACAGGAUCCUAUACUAUUUACAGGUACAAUACGGUCAAACCUUGACGCAUUUUCUCAAUAUGAGGAUAGUGAAAUAUUGGAAUCCCUGCGACGUGUUCAUUUAAUUCCUUCUGUAGAGGAUGUAGAAGCUAUCUCAUUUUCAGAGGAUAAUAUCAAUUUAUUUAAAAAUUUAGAUACACCUGUAAGUGAAGGUGGAAAAAAUUUUAGUCAAG